AUGGCAUUUAGUAAGAUCAAUAAUGGUAAUAGAGAAAAACCCUCAUCAAAUAAGAACAAUGAUAUUGUUGAGGGAAGACAGAGGAAGUCUGUGGGUGAAAUAUUGUUUACCGGAGCAAGAACUGGCGGCGCCGGCGAAGUGAAGAAGAUCAAUCGGAGCCGGAGUUUGAAGAAAGGGGUGGUGGUGGUUGUGAAGAAUAAGAAGGUUAGAGAAAUAGUAAUGGAGAGAAAACAGAGUUUGAGGAGGAAUAAUGGUGUUCAUCAUCAUCAUCAUCAUGUGGAAGAAGAAGAUGAUGGUGAACUAUGCAAGAAGAGAAUUCUAAUGGGGUUUAGAUGUAAACCAAUUAACUCUUCUGGUGCUCCACUUUAUGAUCAAAAUGGAGUUAUUUCACUUGAUUAA